UAAUUAAAAGAAAAUAAAUUCGAAAUAAAAUUAUGUAAGAAAGUAUGUGUUAUUCGAAAUUAAAUGAAAAAUUCGUAUAAAUAUACUUUGUGAUAUAUUUUUGUCCGAAAUUUGAAAUUUUGUCCGAAUAUUUUUAGAACUCCGAAAAAAGAAGAAAAAUAAAUAAAAAGUGAAUAUUUAAUUUUUUUUUUAAUACUAGAAUAUCAAUUUUUUUUUUCGAAAUUUCUAAUUUCGAUUCGGUAAGGAUAAUAAUAAUUUCAAUAUAAUUAAAUUAAAUUUUAUUGAGAGUGUGACACCAUAAUUUAUUCUUUUGGAACCUGUUGCCGUACUUUUUAUAUUUUGUUAUCUUUAAUUCGAGGAGAAAUUGAACAAGAAAAGUAGAAUAAUUAAGAUGAUUGACUAAGCAUCACAACGUACAAUAGAAAUCUUUUAAUAGCGGCUUUAUAACUUGAUUACUCUUGGAUAACGCGGUGGAAUACCGCGCUUGUCAUUUAACCAAAAAAAAAAAAAAUAAAAAAAAAAGACAAAGAAAAAAUUUAUAAAUAAAUUUUAAAUUUACCGAAUUAUAAUUUCUAGCAACAACAUUUAAAUUUAUUAGAAAAAAACAAGAAAAAAAAAAUAAACAAAACAAAAAUGCUUCAGGAAAGUUCAGCAAAAAAUCAAUAUUUGGCAACAAUAGCUGUCAAUAUUUUAACAUUCUCAUAUGGAUUAUUUUGUGGUUGGUUAUCACCAGCAAUAGCACGUUUAACAUCUCCAGCAUCAGCAAUGGAAACAGGCCCAAUUAAUAAUGAAGAUAUUUCAUGGAUUGGUGCAUCAUUAUGUAUUGGUGGAUUUUUUGGUAAUUUUGUAUAUGGUUGGUUAAAUCGAAGAUUUGGAAGAAAAGCAUGCUUAUUAAUAACAGCAGCUCCACUUUUUUUUAGUUGGACUGCAGUCAUAUUUGGUAGACGUAUAAUACAUUUAUGUGUAGCAAGAUUUCUUGGUGGUUUCGCUGCUAGCGGUGUAUUUUCUCUUGUUCCUGUUUAUGUAACAGAAAUAUCACAAGAUAGGAUAAGAGGUGCUUUAGGCUCAUAUUUUAUUAUGGCAAUAAAUGCAGGCAUAUUAAUAGCAUUUGUAACUGGAACAUACAUGACAUACCGUACAAAUCCAUAUAUGCUAUCAGUACCAGUAUUAGUUUUUGUUUUAGUAUUUGCAUUUAUACCAGAAACACCGCAACAUCUUUUAAAAGUUAAAGCUGAUCGGAAAGCUGAAAAAUCAUAUUUAUUUUAUCGUAAUUAUAAAUAUUUAAGUAAGGAAGUAAAUCAGCAAUUUAUAUCAGAAAUGCAAUGUUUAAAAGAUAAUAAUUGUACGGAAACAACAAAAAAUACCGAUGAUGAUUCAGAUCAAAUGAAUGCACCAUUAAAAUUGAGCGAUUUCACUAAUCGUGCUGCCAGAAAAUCAAUUAUCAUCAGUUUAUUUUUAAUGUUUUUGAGUCAAUUUUGUGGUGCAUUUGCAAUGAUUAAUUAUACAGCAUUAAUUUUUUAUGAAUCUGGAUCAAGUAUGCCACCAGAAUUAGCUGCAAUGGUUGUAGCUGGUAUACAAGUUAUUGGAUCAUAUUUUUCAAUUAUUUUAAUUGAACGUUCCGGUAGAAAGAUGUUAUUGAUCGUAUCAGCGUUUGGUUGCUGUUUUGGUACAUUUACAUUAGGUAUAUAUACAUUAAUAAAAUCAUAUAAUGUUAAUAUGCAAGGAUAUGAAUGGAUACCAAUAUUUAGUCUAUCAUUUGUAAUAUUCAUUGCGGCCUGGGGUGUUUUAGCAAUUCAUUUUUUGGUAAUGUCAGAAAUAACACCACCAAAAAUUAUAAAUGUAAUAUCACCGAUAUGUGUUGCAGCAAUGUUUUUUUUUGGUUUUGUUACAGUAAAAGGUUUACCUGUAUUUAAUGAAGCUUUUGGAUUACAUGUAUCAAUGUUUAUAUUUUCAAUAUGCUCCUUUUUAGGUGGAAUUUUUAUUAUUUUAUAUUUGCCAGAGACUAAAGGUAAAAGUAUUAAUGAAAUUUUAGAUAUUUUGAGUAAAUAAAUGAAUAUUAAAUAUAUACAUAUAAGUAUAUAAAUGUAUGUAUAUGAAAUGUACCUAGAAUUUAAUAAUAACUAAGAUAACAAUAUUGUUAAAUAUUUCAAUAUAGAGAAAAUUAUAAUAUUAUUUUAGUAAUUCAAUUAUUUUAUUUUGUAUAACUUUUAUAUUGUUAUACAUAAAUUGUAAAGUUUAAUUUUAUAAAUUUUAAUAAAUUUUCGGCGAAUUUUUGUAAUUUAUAUAGUAAAAUAUUACUUAUGUUUAAUUUUAUUGCAUCGUAUAUACAUAUAUAGUACAAUUAUAUUGUAAUUAAAAAUUCGUAUACGAGUAAUAUUGAGCUUAUAUUGUAGAAAUAGUUGAAAAAUAUAUUUAUGUUUAUGUAUAAACAUAUACACACAAGUAUA